AUGGUAAGACUAAAGACAAGAUAUUUGGCAUUUGAAAUUCUGAAUCCAGACUCGCUUGACGGGAUCAGUCCAAUCUCGUCUAGUCAGAAUGCAAUUCUCCUUCGUCAACCGGUGAGCCAAAACCUCAAUGUGCGAAUUUUGAACAGACUAAUUCGCGAGUCAAUAGAGCUAAAUUUUGGUGAUUAUGGACUAGGUGUAGUAGCAUCAACAAUCACAGUAAAAUACUUCUCGCCAAUAACUUGUACUGGAAUUGUAAGAGUCACGCGGCAGCAUUUCAGGCUGGUUUGGGCCGCUCUAACUUAUAUCAACAAACUUGAGGGCCAAAAUGUGGUGAUCAAGGUCAAUAGAGUCAGCGGAACUAUUAAAAAAUGCGAACAAGCUAUGAUUUCCAGGAACCAAAAAGCGAUUUCCGUGCAGAGAUCUCGUAAUAGUGCCAUUUCGGGCUUUAAUAAUGACGAGGGCGAGUCUGUCGAUGAUUUUGAGGACGAAUUGGGGGUUGAAGACUUGUGA